AUGUCCGUCUGGCCCCUGGGGAUGGGAAAAGGGGUUGUUGUUCGUUUUACUGAUUCAUCAAAAGAACUCAGGGGUUUGCCUCCGUCUUACGUUCCGGGAUCACAUUUGGAUCCUUUGGCUGAUUCCCAACUACCAAACAACGGCACACUAAUGUGGAACAAGAAUGUUGAGGAAUCAAAUGUUUCACAGUUCACCUGCAACUCUGUGAACACACCCAAUGAAAAUGGCGACGGUGCUGAAAAGCCUGUAAGCAGAGCUAAAUUCCGUUACAUAAAAUUUGCUAGAUUUGUGAUAGCAUCAGUGUUCAUAGCAGUGACUAUUGUGGUGAUGUCUGCGGUGACUAUUAUGUAUCAGAAAGCUCCAGCUCCAGGUCCAAAAGCAGAGGAUUAUUCAAAAGAGUUCCAAUGUUUUCUGAGCUCAGAUAACACCACCACGACAUAUUGGAAAUUGAGAUUUAAUACAGCGAUAGUAAUAUUAUGUAAUUAUUCAGAAAACAUUGAACAAAUCAUCUCCAACUCAUCACUUCUCCUGGAAUUUAAUCCAAAUAUCUACCGCCUCCAAGCACAACAUUUUCCCGAGAUUAAUCAAACGCUACAGUCCGAAACGAUUUCGACUGGACGAUGGAUUAUCCGUUCUUUGCCAAUCAUAGAAAUUCGUGGGGGCCCAGUAAAUUGUGGUGAUGAAGGACAGUUUGUAAUAACAUUAAAAACGCCAAUAAGAAGUUAUAAACACCAGGUAGACGUUCAAAUCGAAAGUGAUCUUUCUUCAGUUCGAAUGAAAGUUGGUAAGUCAGCGGUGGACAAACAAUUUGAGAUCAGAUGCUCGUCAACAAGUGGAUGUACACCUGCAUCAAUUAAUUUGAUUGGAACUCUGGGAAAUACAACUUUUCCUCUAUAUGGAAUGAAUUUUACUUGUAUCACAACAUAUAACGGCGAUGAUGGUUGGUCCGUAGGUUGUACUGGAAGUAUUCCCGAAAGUGUUGUGAGUUCCAUUGACGAGAUCACGUGCCGCCCUGUUCUUCAAAACCAGACAGAGGCUGACGAAGCGGAAGCUAAAAUUUCAAAAGAAGUUUUAGUUUGUAACGACAGUUUAAAUUGUAGUUUUGACUGUUCUGAAGAUAAUCAGGACAGGUAUUAUUCAGAUCCGAAAUUUUGCAACAUUUUCCACCGCUGUGAGGACGAUAGACUCUACACAGCUCCCUGUGGUAAGGGUGCAUACUUCUCUACUCAAGCCUGCGUCUGCAGCCAUAUUGAUGACGUCAUAAAGGAAAUGGGCUGCGAUAGGGAUGGGAUGCGACUUAACGUAGAAAACGUAAAAACGCUAUGCACGGAUGCUACUGGAAGUUAG